UGACUGUUGAAGGCGAGUGAAGAAGCUGGGGGGAAUACAAGAGAAAUGUUCAUUUGAAGAAUUGGAGCAAUCCAACCAAAAAUCAAGAAAGAUGGAAAUGGAGCAGCAUCAAAGUGGGGAGAACGAUGAGAAAACAGUAGGGGGAAAGUUCUACCCAGAAGUGGCGGACGAAGCAGAAUACCAACAACUUGUGCAAAAUCCGGAGCUUUUCAUGCAAAAGCUCAAAGAUUUCCACUCUUCCUUCAACACCCACUUCAUAUCCCCUUUUGUUGGAGGAGCAACCCUAGAUUUGCAUCGCUUAUUUGUGGAGGUCACUUCUCGUGGUGGUCUUAACCAAGUUAUUACAGAUCGGAAAUGGGAAGAAGUGGUUUCUGCCUUUCAAUUUGGGAUAACUAGUUUCAAAAGAUCAUUUGUCCUGCGAAAGUACUAUUUGUCGUUGCUUUUUCACUUUGAACAAGCAUAUUUCUUAAGGAAAAAAGCACCAGCAGUUGCUAUGACUGAUGCUGCCAGAAGAAUUACUGUUAUUGAAUCAAGUAUGGAAUCUAGUCAAUCUACCUCAAACUCCAAUGAUGUAUCAACCACCACAAGCCAUAUGCAAGCAAGUCGACAAAUACAGCUCGGUGCAUCUUUGAUUGGAGUUAUUCAUGAAAAGAUGGAUUAUGGGUAUGUUGUGUCCGUGAAUGUGGGUUCUGAUACACUGAAAGGCAUCCUGUAUCACUUUCCUGAUAAGCCACAACCACCUUGGAACCCAAAUUAUUCUAUACCCCGGCGAAGGAAGCGGAAAAAAUCCCAGCUUUCACUAGUGGAAUAUGCAACUUUAAAGCCUCCAUCUCAAGGACAAGGAAAAUCCAUUAGCGACAUUGGACAUAUGUGGAAUCAAUCAUCUGAACCUGAGAAGCAGUUCAACCAAGACAAAGGAGUAACGGCUAAGGAGUCUGACCAUACUGAAGUUGUCAACUCGGAAAUUAAUUCAUGAUCAUUUUCUUGAUUAGCUGGUGCUAUGUCAGCACAGAACUGUUUGUAAAUCUUAUGAUUCAGAAAAUUCACCUGGCAAUAGCAUGCUAGUUUUAGCAAUUGCCUGUUUCUUGAAGUACUUUAUACAUGAAUCAGAGCUGGUGGUCGAAGGAGCUGGUGGUCGCUUCUCGUGCGAUGACCUCAAUGAGUCUUCAGGAGUAUAGGAUGUUUUAGCUUAAUGCAUCUUCUACUGAAGUACAGCAUUGUAUAAAAAUCAGUGAUUUAGGAGUGCAAAAAGUAUACUUCUUGUGAAAAGUUCUGAUAUUUGAUCUUAA